CAAAAAGUCUCGGAGUCAAUGCAAGUUCACAAAUUUAUUGUGAAGAGAGAAAGAGAGUGAGACAGAGCAAAAAACACAGUUCACAGGAAAGCCACACGCGACGACCACUGCCAAACCCAUUCUGGAUGGAGACCGGGGAGUUCACUUCACUCGACAGGGAGUAUGAUACACACGACUGAAGAUGAGAGUGAACCGGAACCUGGAGACUGAUAAUCCACUGUGGUCUUGGACCUUGGAGAAAUCCACACACGGCUGAUGACAGACGGCAAGAUCACCUCACACGACAGAGGGUAUGACACACACACGACUAAAGGUGAGGGUGAAGUAAACUGGAGAAGCUGGUAAUCCACUCUGGUCAUGGACCGGGGAUAAAUCCACACCCGGUAGAUGACAGACAGUAUGAUACACACACAACUGAAGAAAGCCGCUGGAACCCGGAAGAGACUGGUGUACCGCCUAAAAACUAAGCGAACCAGCUAUACCGGGAAAACAGGCAGAGUUCAUUCGAGGGCAAGUUCACGUACAUCCACAGGCGUGUGAACCCCGGGCAUUGACAAGCUUCCGGAUACCGGGGACCGAACCUGAGAUUGCAGAAGAGAGAGAGAGAAACACAGAACAUUCGACAGGACAUGGCAAGGCAGCAGGACUGUGACCCACCGAAACAAUGAGCGCGCGACGAGAGACAGGACAACGUGCUAUUUAAAGGAAAACACUAAAGAGACACAACAGGUGAACCAUUACCGAAACGAGCAGGCAGGGCUAGUGCACACGAGGAGCCGUCACCAACAGUUUAUUCACAGAACUGAACUUCUUUCAUGAGCUUCAUAAAGAGAAAGAGUCUCUCUGGAGAAACAGACAUAAACACAAUGAACAGAGAAUCUGCUGAAUUCAGCUGUGUUUCUAUGAAGAGUGAUCAUUCAAUGGAUUAUCCACCUAAAUUCAGUUCAGGAGACUCUGGUACAGAUGUGAAUAACACAACAGAUGAAUCAAAGUCCUUCAAAGGGAAGCAGAUGGAUUCAGUUUUUCAGGAUCUUGAAGACAAAAUCAUCUCUCUGAUGAAGAAAGAGCUGAAGAUCUUUAAGAGACUACUGGGCUCAGAUUACCCAGCAUGCUCUGAGAGCGAGGAGGAGGAGGAUGAAGAUCAGAUCAGAGUCAGAGAGGAGCUUCUGAGCAUCACACUGCACGUCCUGAAGAAGAUGAACCAGACAAACCUCGCUGAUAAACUACAGACCAAACUUACAUCUCUGUGUGUGAAAAAACACAAAUCCAGACUAAAGGAGAAAAUCCAGAGAAUAAAUGAAGGAAUAUCAAGUCAAGGAAACUCAAUAGUUGUGAAUGAGAUCUACACAGAGCUGUACAUCACAGAGGGAGGGAGUGAAGAACUCAAUAAUGAACAUGAGGUGAGACAGAUUGAGACAACAUCCAGAAGAUCAGAGACACAAGAAACACCAAUCAAAUGUAAUGACAUCUUUAAAGCUUUACCUGGACAAGACAAACACAUCAGAACUGUGCUGGCUAAAGGAGUUGCUGGAAUUGGAAAAACCGUCUCUGUACAGAAGUUCAUUCUGGACUGGAGUGAAAGAAAAGCAAAUCAGGAUCUUCACUUCAUAUUUCCACUUCCAUUCAGAGAACUGAAUCUGAUGAAGAACACAAAUAUCAGUCUGAUGGAUCUUCUUCAUCGGUUCUUCAUAGAUACAAAAGAACUGAAAUCAAGAGACUUUGAUGUCUGUAAAGUUGUGUUUAUCUUUGAUGGUCUGGAUGAGUGUCGACUUCCUCUGGAUUUCUCAAACAAUCAGAGUUUGUUUAAUGUAAGAGAAGAAGCUUCAGUGGAUGUGCUGUUGACAAACCUCAUCAAGGGGAAUCUCCUUCCUUCUGCUCUUAUCUGGAUAACAUCACGACCAGCGGCAGCCCAUCAGAUUCCUCCUGACUGUGUCCACCAGAUCACUGAUGUACGAGGAUUCAAUGAUCCUCAGAAGGACGAGUAUUUCAUCAAGAGAAUAAAUUAUGAGAGUUUGUCCAACAGAAUCAUCAGACACAUCAAAUCAUCCAGGAGUUUGUACAUCAUGUGUCACAUCCCAGUCUUCUGUUGGAUUACAGCCACUGUUCUAGAGAGAAUGUUGAGUGAAUCAGAGAGUCAAGCAGAGAUCCCCAAGACUCUCACUCAAAUGUUUACACACUUCCUGAUCUUUCAGACCACACUGAAGAGUAUGAAGUAUGAUGGGAAAUGUGAGGUAGAUCUUCAACAGGUUAGAAAGAGUCUUCUGUCACUGGGAAAACUGGCUUUACAACAGCUGGAGAAAGGGAAUCUGAUCUUCUAUGAGGAGGAUCUGAGAGAGUAUGACAUUGAUGUCAGAGAAGCUUCAGUGUACUCAGGAGUUUGUACUCAGAUCUUCAGAGAGGAGCUUGGACUGAACCUGGGGAAGGUCUACAGCUUUGUGCAUCUGAGCAUUCAGGAGUUUCUCGCUGCUUUAUUUGUCUUUCUUUCAUUUUCUCCAGAAACAUCAGGAUCAACUAUGAGUGAUUUACUGAAGAGUGAAGUGGACAAAUCCUUACAGAGUGAGAACGGACACAUGGACCUUUACCUCCGAUUCCUUCUGGGUCUCUCACUGGAGUCCAAUCAGAUGAUCUUACGAGAUCUACUGACUCAGACAGGAAGAAGAUCUGACACCAGACAGGAAAUAGUUGAGUACAUUAAGAUGAAGAUCAGAGAGAAUCAAUCUCCAGAGAAAUCCAUCAAUCUGUUUCACUGUCUGAAUGAACUGAAUGAUCAAUCUCUAGUGAACGAGAUACAAACAUAUCUGAACAGAGAAGAUAACAGGUGUCUCUCUGGAGUCAAACUCUCUCCCUCUCAGUGGUCGGCUGUGGUGUUUGUGUUACUGAACUCAGAUCAGACGCUGGAUGAGUUUAUACUGAGUAAAUAUGAUUCAUCAGAUGAAUGUCUUCAGAGGCUGCUGCCAGUGAUCAAAGCAUCCAGAAAAGCUGAUCUGAUGAGCUGUAAUCUGACAGAGAAAAGUUGUUCAUCAUUGAGUUCAGUUCUCAUCUCAAACUCCUCAAGUCUGACAGAACUGAUCCUGAGUUUCAAUAAACUGCAGGAUUCAGGAGUGAAGCUUCUCUCUGAUGGACUGAAGAAUACAAACUGUAAACUGAAGAUAUUACAUCUGAGUCUCUGUAAUCUGACAGAGAAAAGUUGUUCAUCAUUGAGUUCAGUUCUCAUCUCAAACUCAUCAAGUCUGACAGAACUGAACCUGAGUCUCAAUAAACUGCAGGAUUCAGGAGUGAAGCUUCUCUCUGAUGGACUGAAGAAUACAAACUGUAAACUGAAGAUAUUACAUCUGAUGAGCUGUAAUCUGACAGAGAAAAGUUGUUCAUCAUUGAGUUCAGUUCUCAUCUCAAACUUCUCAAGUAUGACAGAACUGAACCUGAGUGAAAAUGAACUGCAGGAUUCAGGAGUGAAGCUUCUCUCUGAUGGACUGAAGAAUACAAACUGUAAACUCAAGAUAUUAAAUCUGGAGUCCUGCAGUAUUGGAGAUGAAGGUUUUGUUGCUUUGGCUUCAGCUCUGAGAUCAAACCCAUCACACCUGACUGAACUCAAUCUGAAGUUUAAUAAUCCAGGAGAUUCAGGAGUGAAGCUGAUCUCUGAUCUACUGAAGGAUCCACACUGUAAACUACACAAACUACAGUGGGCGGAGUCUCAAGCGCUCGCGCUGUAGACAUGACAGAGCAUCGAGGAAGAUUCUCUCACGAAAGAACAUUAAGCCUCGACUGUAUCAAUCAUCUACAAGAGCUACAGAUGACAAAUCAAACAACUGUCUUCAGUCAUAAAGUAGAAGAUCUGCUUACUGCCUCCUACUGGACAAACAGCAGCAGUGAGACAUCAGAGCUCAACAUGAGAGACAUCUGUUAGAGUUAAACACACAAACAUGUGGAUGAUGAUCUGCAUUCAUAAUCCAGCAGAAGAGUUUAAUGAAGUUCAAUGAUGUUUGUGUUGUGGAUGUGAUUCUUACACAGCUGGUAUAUGACACUCAGUGUCUCUCUUUCUGUCUCAUCUGAUGCAGUUUAAAGUCUUCUGAGCUCUGCUGAUGCUUCAUUACCUGUAUAUUUUCAUCAUCAUCAUCAUAACAGUUCAUUCCUAUGGAUCUAUUCUCAACAAUGAUGACAGACUGACCAAUGAGAUAUAAGCUUUAGGUCAUGUGACUAAAUAUUCCUUAUAGAUGUUCAUACUGCUCAUUUCUGAAUAUAAUAUCUUGUUCACACUGUCAAUCCAAAUACGAUUUUGGUGUAUGUAUUGUUGGAUGUUAUUUGUUAAACUCAAAUGUGUCUUUCUGUCUUGGCCAGGAUGCUCUUGUAAAAGAGAUUCUUAAUCUCAAUGUGCUUCUUUCCUGGUAAAAUAAAGGUUAUAAUAAUGUCAGACGUCAAGGCAGUUGUGAGUGAUUGUCGCAUGGAAAUUUAACAUGGACACAACUCAGUGGUUGUUAUGUUCAGGAAAAG